UCUUGCUCUUUGAAAACCUAUGUUCUACAUGAUAGGCUGCAGAUAAUGGAUGGAUGCAUGGUUCCAACAUAACAUCAUGCACAUUCAAAACGAUUUGAAGUGGAUGAUGUCACUUUGGGAUUUCCUGUUAUGGUUAAAUGUGUGGGUGUGCAGGUGAAAGGGUUCAGGAGGUGAGGGUAAAGUAACAUAACUCAGUUUACUGAGAUUACAGUGAUGUGUGUACCGGGUAUAUUUAGCAGGCUAACAGUCAGACUUCACAGUGUGGUCGUCUUGCUGAGCUGGCCAGGUGCCACUCAGCCCAGUGCUGGUGUCACUGUGGGAUCAGUGCAGAGAAAAUCCACUGAGGUUUCAACAAAGCUGCUGUCAGUUAGAGCUGCAGUGAUGGCUCAGUUAAUGCAUCAGCAGCCCUGAUACUGCAGGACUUAAAGAGGCACUGCGGAAAACAGUCAAAUAAUAUUAACACUACUUCAAAGAAUAAAAACAUAAUUUUUAAGCCUCAUAUCCAGUACUUAGUUAGUUAUCUUAUUGUUCAUCUAACAGUGAUAAGAGACAAAAUACUAAUUAACAGAUAUGAUUAAUAACCAGGUUAAUUUCUCCAGCAGUUUGUAUUUACACAGUUGUAGUUCAAACAAUAACGGGCAGUUGUAGUAAAUUAAGAUACCACACUUAAAUACUAACACAAUUAGACAACAAAAAAGAUUUUAAAAAACAGACAUUAGUCCUCAACCAAACACCAUAGCAGGCUACCAAACAAGUGUAGUCGCAGUUUGUCCAAUUAAAAAUGUUACUUCAAGUAGAAAAUGUGUUUGUAUUACUUAUUAGCAAAGAACAUUUAGAUUGACAGUUCCUUCAAAUAAAUUUAAAUUAAUGUUUUAUUAAAUCAAAUGAAAAGUUUUCUGUGAUUUUACGUUUUACUGAUCAGUGUGUUUACAUUUUUGUACAUUUUUUGUUACAGCGUGUCAAGUCUAUAGCUUCAUACGUCAUCACGUUUCCCUCCUUGACCAAUGAGAUCCAAGGAGGGCGUUACGCGGUCUCGCCGGGUAAAAGAGAUUUGACAGUUGCAGGUCUGAAGCUCAGCCUCCACUUGACUCUUCUUCAGUGGGACGGAGACCAUGGCGGCGGCUGCUGCCUGUCCCCAGCACAGUGCUAUGAUAACGGGCAAAAAGACGCACGGUAACAGGGAAAACAGUCGGAGGAACCGGGAGAACUCUCGUCGGAGACAAGCAGCUCUUUUAUUUCUUAGUAACAUCUCCCUGGACGGACGGCCAGUGCAUAGUAAUUCAGUCGAGCAUGGAGGAAGCCACAAAGAGACCGACUUUGAGGGAGCGGACUCUGCGGCCGGGUUGUGCCCGGAGCUGGGUGGUCGUUAUGGUACAUUCUCCGGGUUGGCAACGGCGGUGAGCUGCGGGAACGUCAAUCCCUCCAUGGCACCAAGGACAGGACUCCUGAACAUACCGCCUAUCCUCGUCCUGCCGUCGGACACGGGGUUCAACGAUGUGGGGAGCGCGGAGGUGCUGCUGCAGUGCCGCAGAGGCUCGUUCCCUUCGCCGGGGAACCUGCUCUCCGCGUCCCCGUCCAACGUCAGCCUCCUACCGUCGCCUCUGGGACCUCGGAAGUCUUCCACACUUCUGUCGGUACAAAGCUGUAACUCUGUGUCCUCAGAGCCGCGACAGAGGACUCGUAACCACUCUGGUGGCUCUCCCAGACCUCGACACACCAAGAAGAUCCACUUCAUCAAAAACAUGAAACAGUACGACACGAGAGGCAGCAGGAUCGUGCUUAUCUGUGCGAAGAGAUCUCUGUGUGCUGCCUUCUCUGUUCUGCCCUACGGAGAGAGCUUCUACCUCAGUGACCCGACAUUAAACCACCCCAGGAGGAGACACUCCUCCGGGAACAUCUCCACCACUCUGGAGAUGCUGCCGGGGCUGGAGGGCUUCCAGCUGGACACCUACGGCAGGUCGGUGUCCUACGCCCAGUUCCUGUACCCCACCAACGCCCUGGUGAGGCAGAAGCCGGCGUCCUCCUGCGACCUGAUGCUGCAGAUCCCCGUCUCCAGGAGCACCCACAGCAUGCCGGGCAGGAGCUGCCCCCCCAGCCGGCUGAACAGCACCGUGGGACUGGACUUAGGUCUGGAAGAUAUAACAGACUAUGACCCAAACCUCCUCAGUGACCCCCAGUGGCCGUGUGGGAAACACAAGCGCGUGCUGAUCUUCGCCUCCUACAUGACGACGGUAAUAGAGUACGUCAAGCCGUCUGAUCUGAAGAAAGACAUGAACGAGACAUUUAAGGAGAAGUAUCCUCACAUUAAGCUCACCCUCAGCAAGAUACGCAGUCUGAAGAGAGAGAUGAGAGUGGUCGGGGAGGACUGUGGCUUGCAGCCCGUCACCAUCGCCAUGUCGUUCGUCUACUUUGAGAAGCUGGUGCUGCAGGGUCGACUCAACAAACAGAACAGGAAGUUGGUGUCAGCUGCCUGCAUCCUACUGGCUGCUAAGAUCAGCAGUGACCUCAAGAAACAGGAGGUCAAACACCUCAUUGAUAAGCUGGAGGAGCGUUUCAGGAUCAGCAGGCGGGAGCUCAUAUCGUUCGAGUUCACCAUCCUGGUCGCCCUGGAGAUGGCGCUCUACCUCCCCGAGAGCAAAGUCAUGCCGCAUUACAGGAAGCUGGUGCAGCAGGCGUAGCACAGACACACUGACUGUGGUGGACGGGUCUUCAUCAGGCCUGGCUCAGAGGAACUAAGACAAUUGGGUUCAACCCCGCCCCCCUGCUCACAAUGCCGACACCAAAGCUCCUCUACACUGUAAUGGGAGGACGACAGCACGGUAACACAGAGAGUAACGACGCUUUCUCUCCUCCCUAAAAGACUAGAGUGACGACACUUUGUGCUCCACGGUUCAGAAGACGGGGUCAUUGAAGGUCAAAUUCAUCACAAAUUCACGGCUCCGUUAUGAUUUUUAUUUGAUUUGUUUUACCUAAGGUUUGUCCUUCUAGCUUCAGAGUUUUAGUAAUGGAGACGUUGCUCUCUAAGGGUUGCUGGUUCAAACUUGUCUGACACAUUUAGUUAGUUUUAGUUAAAUCUGAUUUAUUGUACAGCAUUUGCAAAGCUGUGUUUGGCAGCUUUGAGUCAUCCUUUGUUAAAUCUCUGAAGUUAUAUGCAGCUUUUAAAUGAUUCAGAAUUUUUAGUCAGUGAGGAAAUUUGCUCUAAGACUUAAGACUUAAGGACAUUUUCAACCUCACACCCGAUCAAUUUGCUGCCAAAGAUUUUCCAGAAUUAAAUAUCUCAAAUGUUUCGUAACACAAUUUCCUCAAAACUUCUUGCAUUUUGCCCUCUAAUUUAGAUGUGUGAAGUUUGGAUUUGACUUCCUCUGAAGCGCUGUGGCCCGAAGCUAGUGAGACUGUGUUAAUGAAGAAUGUCUUGAUAUGAUUUCCUUUUUCCAGUUAAAUGUGCUGUCAGUCAUUUAACACACAUGAUUAAGCACUUGACAAUCGUUUCACUGCAUAAGAAAAUAUAUAUAUAUAUAUACUGCUGAGUUAUUUCAGCAACGGUAGCGAAAAUAUUGCCGACAUCCUCGUAUUUUUUACAAUCGGUAAAAGCAGAUCAAUUCAGGCCAGGUGACACCAGUUUCCGAUCCUUCCUUUCAUAUCUCGUCUUCUUGCUGGAGUAGGAUGUCGUGUGGACUGUCAUCAAUGACUCUCUCUCUGAACAUGCUCCUGAUUUAGCACCAUGACUCUACCCUCUCUAUCGGUCCCUCAUUCACUGCCCUGAUCAUACUACAGAGGAAAUUAAAUCAUCAAUCAAGUCACAAUAAUCCUGAGCAAACACGUCGAUAUUGAUAUUACGACAGUAUGGUAGGUGCUUCAAAAACCUGUUACAUAAGGAACAUCUUGAUAAAUAAUCAUCACUGUUGUGAAAACAAUGACUAAAUGGGUAAAAUAAGUAGCUAGAACAGUCUAGAGGAAGACAUCACUAUACUGUAAUGCAGCCUUUAAAAUCAGGAACACACACUCAGAAAUUAAAGAUGAUUUUUAGUCUCUGAUCAGUAUAAUAUUGAUAUGUUGCCGAGCUCUUAUACUUUAUUUUAGGAAAGAUUCACGUCAACCGCUUUACUUUAAGACACAUUGAGAAGUGCCUUGCCUCAGGGCACCGGUCUGUAUGAGGCAUCCUGGAAAACAGUAAAUCUGUUCUUGUUUUCUACUUUGAGAUCGCAUAAACACUGUGUCCUAUUGCAAGAGUGCAUGUUAAUGAUGGUAUGCAUUUCAAGUCUGUGCUAAAGUCUUCUUCAGAUGCAACCUCACGUCCUAAAUAGGUGGAAAUAUUAUCACUUAUGUAUUGUCUAUUUUCUUGAACGCAUCUCGGCUGAUGUCACGCAGCAGCAGAUCUAAUACAUGAUAUUAGCCUUAAUUGACUGAUUGACACUGAAACAGAAACUGCUUCUUCAGGUGGACGGAGAGGGAAUACUCUGGUUCAUCAGAGGGAACUCACUAUAGACUGUCUGCACUGUGAAGCAACACCAACCAAAAAGACCAUUCUUUACAUAAAAAUACUUUUCACUCGAACAUUAUUCAAUCUUUUUUUUACUGUAUCAUAAAGGGACACACAUUCAACCUAACAGAGACCUCUAACAGGAUGAGUGUGCCUGUGAUUUCUCCGUAUUGCAGAGAUAAAGAUCCACAGAGUGUAUAUUUUCUUCUAAAACAAUUUUUGAGGAGAGGCGACAGUACAAACACUCUGUAGGGCUUCUGUUGUUUUUGCACUUUGCCUCGUUGCUUCACAAUCCUGAGUCUUUAUUUUAUGACUUAUAAGUAACUGGCUAAUAAUAAUAUUUUUCUACAAUAAAUGUGUGAAGUAUGUUGUUUAUUUAAAGACUGACCGAGUCACUGAAGCUAAGAUGAAUUAAAAAUAUCCUUCUCUCACAUCUUCCACUCGUGUGUUAAAGCGUGUGUUGUGUUUUGGAGUCUGGGUUCAUCUGCACAGCAGUGUUGGAGCAGGAGAGCUUAAUGGGGUUAAGUAUAAAAUGCACAAGUUUUGUAGCGUAUUUGCUAAAUCAAUUUUAAAGACAGGUUUUACUUUCAGUUUUCUCUCCUGCUUUGAAGUGAAGAAGAACCCAUGCUUUCCGAUUUAAAUUGAGAGCAGAGUCGCAGAUAUAAACUGUUUUGUCUUUGAAAGGAAAAGCACAUUUUGGCAAUAAGCACAGAGCUUCCUUUUAAUAAAUGUGAUGCAAUACGAAAGGCAUUUUAAAAGAAGCACUAUGGAUAAAUAUAAAGCUCUGCUUGAGAGUAGAAUUGGCACAGAAUCUCCCAGAGUCGUCUUCUCUACAUUAGAGAUUUGUAAUUUUGAGUCUAUGCAGCUUUUGUACUGUCAGCUGACCUUCAUCCUCCUCCUCAUCCUCCUUUGUGUUUACCUGUAACGUGCCACGUCAAUCAUUCAAGCUCUUUAUUUAAACCUCACAUGUUGUGUUUGUUAUCGAGUCAUUGUUUUUAUCUUUUACUUUGAGCACUGUGAGUUUGUAAAAGGGAGAUAUUAAUGUUUGUCUUCCAUUUCUAAUUAUUGGUUGUUCGUUUUUUUUACAUUUUUUUAUUGUUUUUUUAACGGACAAUAAAAGGGAAUAUUAUUUAUGCUGUUUUGGGUUUAGCUGUUGAUGUCUUGUGUUGUGAAAUAAAUGAAAACAACAAAGAUUACAGAAGACGAUAGUUAAUAUAUUUGUGUUUGCUGUGUCUUGUACCGGCUAUAUUGUCCCAGCUGUUUAUAGUGUUACACAACAUGACAACACUGACCUGGAGGAGACGAGUGGAGGAAAAUAUUUAUUCUAACAUUUUGUAAAAGAUGAAGACCAUAUACUGUUUAAACUGCCAAUUCAUGUCCAGUUUAUUUUCAAUAAAUAUGUAAAGAACUG